GAAGGCGGGUCAGUGUGGAGAAAUCCUGGGGCCCGUCGGCAGAACAGCGCCGAGCCGAGCCGAACCGAGCCGAGCGGAGCGACGCGCGUCCACUGAUCCGGAGGAGAGGAGAGAGGAGACAGGAGGACCGCUGCCCGUGCUUGUAUUUCCUCCCCCCUCACUUCCACUGUUCCACUCAAUCAAAGAGCAUCUGCGGCUUUUUUUUUCUUUCUUUCUUUCACUGGGAAAGAGGAAAAUAUAUAUAGGCUAUAUAUAUGCGAAUGGAAUUCUGCUCUGGAAUAAUCUGAUUUUAUUUAUUCUUUUUUUAAAAAAAUUUGGUUUGUUUUACACUCCGGAGUCGAAAGCGGUCUGUCCAAGUUGUUUUUAAAGCUGAGUACCAAAUCAUGGGGAUUGAAACUGGGCCAACGCUGAUUGUUCCAUGCUUCAAAGCAGGAAGUCAGUUCAAAGGCCUAACUCUAAAUCAUCAGACACAGCUCUGAAUCACCGACGUCAUCAUCGCACGUUCACCCUUUUUUUUAUACAUAUAUCCCACCUUAGACUUGGCUGGACAAGAUCAAGAGUCAAUCUAUUAUCAACAUUAGAUCUUAAAGCAAAGAAUCUUUAAGUGACCUAUGUGGAAUAUAAGAGUCAGCAGGUAAACGCUGGAGCUAAACUGUAGCCAAAUGGUUCCAUCACUUUGAGGAUUUAUCCCCAAAUUCCAACUCUUCUUUUUGACACCCUUUGGUUUUUGUACAAUGAAUCCCUACGGCCUUCGUGGGCAUUUUUGUCUACUGCUAAGUACCCUGCUAAGCCUGAGCGCAGGCUUGGAGUUUACCGGUUCUCAAGGCCAGUGGGCUCGCUACGUGCGCUGGGAUGCAAGCUCCAGGGGCGACCUGACGUUUCAGUUCAAGACCUCGCAAUCGGACGGCCUGCUGCUCUACUUCGACGACGGCGGAUACUGUGACUUCUUGCUGCUCGCCCUGUCCGAGGGCAAGCUCCAGCUCCACGUCAGCAUCGACUGCGCCGAGACCACCAUCACCUCGGACAAGCCGGUCAACGACAGCCGCUGGCACUUCGCUGCCAUCAACAGGGAGAACCUGUGGACUGGCUUGGCCGUGGACGGUCAGAGCAAGACGGGCGAGGUGCGUCCCCAGCGGCAGUUCAUGAAGAUCGUCAGCGACCUCUUUCUCGGGGGGCUUCCGAGGGAUAUCCGCAUGGCCGCCAUCACCCUGCCCUCGGUCCGCGAGCUUCCGCCGUUCAAAGGGAUUAUCACCAACCUCAGUUACGGGAGUAAGUUGCCCACGUUGGUCAAUAGCCAGAAGGUCCGUCUGGAGAUGAUGGGCCUCUGCACAGAGAACCCCUGCGAGAACGGCGGGAUCUGCUCACUGGCAGAUGGAGAAGUCUACUGCGACUGCUCCAAAACUGGAUAUGUAGGUCGAUACUGCACGGAAGCAGUCCAGAGAAAACCAGAACUCGCGCACCUGAAGGCAGACCAAGCUCGAGAGGAGAAUGUGGCCACCUUCCGCGGCUCGGAGUACUUCUGCUACGACCUGUCGCAGAACCCCAUUCAGAGCAGCAGCGACGAGAUCACGCUGUCUUUCAAGACGUGGCAGCGGAACGGCCUCCUGCUGCACACGGGGAAGUCCGCCGACUACGUCAAUCUGGCCCUGAAAGACGGGGCUGUUUCCCUCGUCAUCAACCUGGGUUCUGGGGCCUUCGAGGCCAUCGUAGAACCGGUCAAUGGAAAAUUCAAUGACAACUCCUGGCACGACAUCAAAGUGACACGCAACCUGAGACAGCAAUCAGGCAUUGGACACGCUAUGGUGACAAUCUCCGUGGACGGCAUCCUCACCACCACCGGCUACACUCAGGAGGACUACACCAUGCUGGGCUCCGACGACUUCUUCUACGUGGGCGGGAGCCCCAGCACGGCGGACCUGCCGGGAUCUCCAGUUAGCAACAAUUUCAUGGGCUGCCUCAAAGAGGUGGUGUACAAGAACAACGACAUCCGACUGGAGCUCUCUCGCCUGGCCCGCAUCGUUGACCCUAAGAUGAAGCUCCAAGGAGACGUGGUUUUCAAGUGCGAAAACGUUCCCACGCUCGACCCGAUCAACUUCGAGACCCCCGACUCCUUCCUGGCCUUGCCCAAGUGGAACACCAAGCGCGUCGGCUCCAUAUCCUUUGACUUCCGCACUUCGGAACCCAACGGGUUGAUACUCUUCACCCACGGCAAACCGCAAAACCGGCGCGACGCCAAGGGCCAGAAGAACAACAAGGUGGACUUCUUUGCGGUGGAGCUGCUAGAUGGAGGGCUGUACCUUCUUCUGGACAUGGGCUCUGGGACCAUCAAGGUCAAGGCCACUCAGGCUAAAGUCAGUGACGGGGCCUGGCACCACGUGGACAUCCAGAGGGACGGUCGCUCUGGCAUCAUCUCGGUGAACAGCCGCCGGACCCCUUUCACGGCCAGCGGGGAAAACGAGAUCUUGGACUUGGAAGGCGACCUUUACCUGGGAGGUUUGCCAGACAGCCGGGCGGGCUUGGUGCUCCCUACCGAGCUCUGGACCGCUAUGCUUGACUACGGCUACGUGGGCUGCAUCCGGGACCUGUUCAUCGACGGACGCAGCAAGGACAUCCGGCAGAUCUCGCAGUCGCAGAACGCGACGGGCAUCAAGUCGUCGUGCAGCAAGAUGACGGGGAAGCAGUGCGACAGCAGCCCCUGCAAGAACAGCGGCGCGUGCAAGGAGGGAUGGAACAGGUUUAUCUGCGACUGCACCGGAACGGGCUUCUGGGACAGCACCUGCGAGAGAGAGGCCUCCGUCUUGUCUUACGACGGCAGCAUGUACAUGAAAGUAGUGAUCCCGAACAUCAUGCACACAGAGGCCGAGGACGUCUCCCUGCGCUUCAUGUCCCAGCGGGCCUUCGGCCUGCUCAUGGCCGCCACGUCCCGCGAGUCGGCGGACACUCUGCGGCUCGAGCUGGACAGCGGGAGGGUCAAACUGACGGUCAACCUAGACUGUGUCAGGAUAAACUGUAACACCAGCAAGGGCCCUGAGGUUCUUUAUGCCGGACAAAAGCUCAACGACAAUGAGUGGCACUCAGUGCGAGUGGUCCGCCGCGGUAAAAACUUCAAACUCAUUGUGGACGACGACAUGGCCGAAGGUCAGAUGGCAGGUGACCACACCCGUCUGGAAUUCAGCAACGUGGAAACGGGCAUCUUGACCGAGAAACGUUUUGUUUCGUCGUCACCUUCCCCUUAUAUUGGCCACCUGCAGAGCCUCAAGUUCAAUGGUAUGCAGUACAUCGACAUGUGCAAGAACGGCGACAUCGAUUUCUGCGAGCUCAACGCCCGCUUCGGCAUGCGCUUCAUCGUCGCCGAUCCCGUCACUUUCAAGACCAAAGGCAGCUACCUGGGCUUGGCCACCCUGCAGGCGUACACCACCAUGCACCUGUUCUUCCAGUUCAAAACCACCUCGCCCGACGGCUUCAUCCUCUUCAACAGCGGAGAUGGGAACGACUUUAUCGCCGUGGAGCUGGUCAAAGGGUUCAUCCACUAUGUGUUCGACCUGGGGAACGGGCCCAGCCUGCUGAAGGGAAACAGCGACAACCCGCUGAACGACAACCAGUGGCACAACGUGGUCAUCACGCGCGAUGCCUCCAACACACACACUCUCAAAGUAGACACCAAGUCAGUCACGCAGAAUGUCAACGGGGCCAAAAACCUCGACCUUAAAGGCGACCUGUUUGUUGGAGGCCUGGGACCCAACAUGUAUCAGAACCUCCCUAAGCUGGUGGUUUCCCGGGAAGGCUUCCAGGGCUGCUUGGCAUCCGUAGAUCUCAACGGGCGCCUGCCAGACCUCAUCAACGACGCCCUGUUCCGCAGCGGGCAUGUAGAGCGUGGCUGCGAAGUUGGUUUCACCAAAGCCGACCUGCAAGGUCCGAGUACGACCUGCCAGGAUGAUUCGUGCGCCAACAUGGGCGUGUGCAUCCAGCAGUGGGAGAACUUCACCUGCGACUGCUCCAUGACGUCGUACACAGGCACCCACUGCAACGACCCUGGCACCACCUACAUCUUUGGCAAAGGAGGAGGCCUGAUCACCUACACAUGGCCCAACAACGAGAGGCCGAGCACGCGGACGGACCGGCUGGCGGUGGGCUUCAGCACCACCAUCAGGGACGCCAUCCUUGUUCGCAUCGACAGUGCCCCACGCCUGGGCGACUACAUCAUGCUCCACAUUGAACAAGGCAAAAUCGGCGUCACGUUUAACAUCGGGACAGUGGACAUAAGUGUCAAGGAGUCAAACACAGAGGUAAACGACGGCAAGUACCAUUUGGUCCGAUUCACGAGGAACGGGGGCAACGCGACCUUGCAAGUGGACAACUGGCCGGUCAACGAGCACUUUCCCUCAGGCAACAGCGACAUUGAGCGCUAUCAAAUGGCAAAUAAGAAAAUCCCGUUCAAAUAUACCCGGCCAGUAGAGGAUUGGCUUCAGGAGAAAGGCCGGCAGCUGACAAUCUUCAACACACAGGCCACUAUUUCUAUCGGCGGAAACGACCGAAAGCGGCCCUACCAAGGCCAGCUCUCCGGCCUCUACUACAACGGCCUCAAGGUUCUCAACAUGGCCGCGGAGGGCCACCCUAACAUCAAGGUGAACGGGAGCGUGCGGCUCGUGGGAGACGUGCCCACCAGCCGCGGUGCGACACGCACCACCACGUCGAUGCCUCCGGAGAUGUCCACCACCUUCAUUGAGACCACCACCACGCUGUCCACCACAACCACCCGCAAACAGCGCUCGCCGCCGUCUAUUCAGACGACGGACGACAUCGUCUCGUCGGCCGAGUGCUCCAGCGACGACGAGGACCUGGAGGAGUGCGACUCGGGACAUGCAGGAGGGGAGCUAAUUGUCCCCGUUCUAGUUGAGGACCCCAUAGACAUUCCUUCUGUAUCCACCCGUUCACCCUUCAUCCCUCUCCCCCCGACCCUCCGCCCCGUCCUCACCAUUAUCGACACCACCAAAGAGUCCUUGGCCAUGGCCACUGAGGCGGGGGUACCUUGCUUGUCGGACCGAGGCAGCGAUGAUUGUGAUGGUGGUGAUGAUGGUGGUGAUGAUGAUGAUGAUGGCAUGGUGAUUUCGGGGUUUGGCUCUGGCGAAGCUUUCGACUCUAGCCUGCCCCCGACUGACGAUGAAGAUUUUUACACCACCUUCUCCCUGGUAACAGAUAAGAUCUUGACCACAUCGGCUUAUGAAGGCGGCUACAAAGCUCUCGUGCCCAAGUGGGAGCCCAAGGACUUAAGGCCUAGCAAGGCCUCAGAGGCAGGCAGGACUACACCCGCCUCGCCUCUGCCGGACAUCCGGGUCACACCGGCGGCGGCGGGCCCCUCAGACAUGCCACCCAAGCUGCCUGCAGGGAAAAUGGACAAUCGCGAGGUCAAACCUCUGCAGCCAGACAUGCCUGUCCUGCUGCCCCGGCCGACAUCCUUCGAUGUGGACGGCACCAAACCGAGGGGCCCCUUCAUCACCUCACCCAUGUUGCGUACAGUACCCGCCGCCUUGCCCACGGUGCCCGGGGUGGUGAGGCGCGUGCCGCCCGGAGCCUCGGAGGUGAUCCGUGAAUCCAGCAGUACCACGGGCAUGGUGGUGGGCAUUGUGUCAGCCGCCGCCCUCUGCAUCCUCAUCCUCCUCUACGCUAUGUACAAAUACAGAAACAGGGACGAGGGUUCCUACCAGGUGGACGAAACGCGCAACUACAUCAGCAACUCUGCGCAAACCAAUGGCUCUGUGGUGAAGGAUAAAACGCCCAGCGGCAGCACUAAAGGCAGCGCCAGUAGCAAGAGACCGAAAGACAAGGAUAAGGAAUAUUAUGUAUAGAAAUCGAAUCAUUUCACAACACCUGAAUAAACUGUUUGGAACCAAGCUAAAAAAAAAACAUUUUGACAGUACCAUAUUGGCAACUGUGAUUUAAAAAGAACACAUUUUCUUGAGAACUUGAGACUCGCGGAGUCGCUUACAGACGAACUUCAGCUCACGGGAGCUCACUUACUAUUGUAAGCGUUACAAAGAGACGAUGCAGUACGACUCCAUCGGGAUGAUUUGAAAAGUUCCCGCUGGAGACAUUUGACGAUGUGAAUUAUCACUCGGACACCCCGACACGACCCCAAGUGACUGUGAAGAGGUGUGCUAUCCUUGGAGUUCUACUGACCCCCCCGCCGUCCAUUGUAACCCUGUAAAAUACGAUCACUGUCAUUUUGGCCAUUCUGAGCAUGCAUGUGAGGUGUAUGUGAUGUGGUGCUGGCAUCUGUGUAAGUGAGGGACCUCAAGAAAUCAUGAUUGUUGGGAAAAGUUGGAAGUCAAAACGCUGUUUUUCUUUCUCUUUUUUUUUUUUUUGCUAUUCAAAUGGUUCAUUUAAUGUAGCCAUCUUGGACGCGAUAUGAGGUAACGUAUACAUGUGCUUAAAAGUGUCUCUUUUUUUAUCGGUUGUUUUUGUUUAUCCCUUUACUUGUGUAUCUAUUUAUUAAGAUGAAUGAUUUUUUUUGGUCUGUUGUAAAAGAAACUAAUGGCCAGUUGAGGUUGACUGGACAGUGUCAGUCGCCGCUGAUCGUGUAUCUCAAAUUUAUUUGCUUCGUUGGCAACCAAAUUUUAGAUGGUCCUCAAGCUUGCAGGAGCAAGUUAAGCUUUCAAAGAAAGUAAAUAUAUAGUCAUUUAUUCCAAUUAGACUUUUAGUAUAUAAAAAAAAAGAAAGUCAGAUUUUUUCCCCCCUUUAUUUUACAUUUUUAACUGACCUGCUGUGUUAAAAUAAAACAUGCUUUGUGUCUGAAAACAGUGUAACUGUCAUGGUCAAAGUUUGGUAAAAAGUAAAACGUAGGGUUAAAAACUUACCGCAGUGUGACCAAGUAAAGUUUUUUUUUCUUCAGUUUUCACUGAAAACUGUGUCAAAACAAAAAUGUUUACAUAGUUUAUUACAGCGUGUGCUUGGUGACUCAUUACUGUACAGAAAAAGGCAUUUUUCUGUAGGCUUUUUCUUAUUUAUUUAUUUAUUUAUUAUUUUUGUCCUCCUGAUGUCCAGACAGUUGUACAUUUGACUAGAUUUAAGUUGUUUUGGGUUUUUUUUUUUUGUUGCUGUAGCAACAUGUCUGUUUUUAUUGUUAUUUGUUUGCCCUGGAGUGAAUAAUGGACGUCCACAGGAAGUAGUCUGGAGAGACAGGAAGUCUCGUCUCUCCAGAUGGCGUUUCUCUUCAGUCGCAUGACAAUUCAACCAUCUGACGCUGUCUACACCGACCCUCAGAUCUCAGUGAGGGUCUUCUUCUGAAAUUAUGUUUUCAUCAUGUUAUUUAUUUUUUUAUUGGAAAUCUAAAACAAACAAAAAUACGAGUAUAAGAUAAUAAAGACUGAUUAUGGUGGAUUUGGAGAUCUGGGCUGGCACCUUACUGACUUUCUUUGUUUUUGUUUUUUGAUUUCAUUUUUACUGUGACGUUACUUACUGUCUUGUCUGCUCGACUUGUCAAUUUGCUUUUUUCUCUUUUUUUCAGUUGUAUAGUUAAUUUCACGUCUCAUUUAUAUGACAUUAUGUUCCAGGAAUUCAAUGUUUUUUAUGUCUUUAUUUAUUGAAGAAAUUAGCUGUCAUUCAUUUACAUGCAAAUCAGUGUGUAUUUUUCUUUUUCAUUGUUUUUUUUGUGUGUGUGUGUGGGUGCGAGUGCGUGUGUGUUGAUACUUGGCUUUUUAAACCAGUUAAUUAUUGUCUUCUGCUCCCUUGACUUCAAACAAUUCCCAGAAAUAAAAAAAAGAAAAUGUUCCCAAA